GCCCAAGGCUCCAAGUACAGCAGUGUUGUUCGCCUUUUUCUACUGCCUAAGUCUAACCAACCACAUACCUUUGUUGUUGUUACUCUCGAUCCACCUACCCGUAAAGGCCAAACUUUGUACCAACAUAUUGUCUUGCAGUUUGAAACAGACUAUGUUGUUGAAAGCACCCUGUCAAUGAAUGAAGAUCUUUUGAAUAGCAAAUACAAGGACAAGUUAGAACCAUCGUAUAAGGGCCUGAUUCAUGAAGUAUUCAUUUUGAUAAUGCGUGGCUUGUCUGGUGCCAAAGUCACUAGACCUGGGAAGUUCCGUAGCUGUCAAGAUGGUUAUGCUGUUAAGUUUUCAUUGAAAGCUGAAGAUGGUGUCCUGUAUCCACUUGAAAAGGGAUUCUUCUUUUUACCCAAGCCUCCAACUCUUAUUCUUCAUGAAGAGAUUGACUAUGUGGAGUUUGAAAGGCAUGCUGCUGGAGGUUGCUAUAAGCUUCUCAUGGUCUGUUAUGGAGAGUUGGAAGUUACUGCAAAAUGUUCUGAUAAUUUGAUCGGCAUGGUUUUUAAUAACAAUGAACUCAGUGGCAAGAUUCCUUCAACCAAAAGGACUACUGCAGACUUUGGAGAUAUUAAAAUGGAGAUGAACAAAAUUCGUGAUGAAUUGAAUGAGAAAAUAUCAGAAGUAAGACGAUUACAAAUAGAAUUGACUAGAAGGGAGAAUGCAGAAACAAAUGACAUUGCAGAUGGUUUAAAAAGAGUGAUUGCAACCCUGGAGAAGGAGAACAAUAAUCUUAAG